UCCAUCCCCAGAAGGCCUUCCCUUGUUCCCCACUACCUAGUCGCGAUCGUCUCUUCGCCCUACUCUCUCUAUCAUCGCCAAUCUCCCUUCCUCCGGCGAUCUCUCUCCAUUAAUGCGCUGAUCGGAAAGCCAAUCCAUUACUUCCCCACGCGUCUCAAUCCAUCAGGUUCAAUCAUGGCAGAAAACGGCUCGACCGUCCAAUCAUGGAACCACUACGAAACACAGAGCUGGAUCCCGCCGAUUUACGCCCGUGAGAAUGAAGCCCUAACCAAAGCCCUCCAGAUCUCGCUCUCCGAUGAUUCCUCCACCUCCGAAACCCUUUCGUACCUUCCUCCGUUCCCCCCCUCAUCCGCCAAGCAGGUAUCAACCAUCCAAAAUCGGAGCUCAAUUUAUAGGAAGAUCGCGAAGCGGAAAUCUAGGGUUUCGAAACGAACUCCGACGACGUACAUCAACGCCGAUCCGGCGAAUUUCCGGCGCAUGGUUCAGGAGGUUACGGGGAUUCGUAUCGGGGAGGUUGGGAGGCCGGUCGAGCCGGCGGUCUGGCGAGAGCCGGAGUGGUCCGGUCUUGGUAGCUCGGUCCGCCAGCCACAAACCGGCCUGACCACGCUGGACACCUCCGCUUUGCUGCUGGAUUGUGGCGGUCCAACCGCUACUGCUAGCGGUUCAAUCGGACCGGCGGGGGAUCCUUCCUUCUUCGAUUUCGAAUCGUUUCAGAGUUUCCCUACGCUGGAAUCAUGGGGCGCGAUGUAGUUCGAGAUGACCAAUUCGAUCUAUUUUAAGAUUUGUAUAAUAUAUUUUUAAUUAAUAAUUUAUUCAUCUUAAAAU